AUGUUCAUCAUCCGGUAUGUACAUUUACGUAAUCUCUUAUUUGCAUCAAACUUUUUUUGUACAUUUCACGCAGAUUUUAUAUUCAGUCUACGUAGUGAAAACCUUGCGUCAUGUCAAUAUUCAGGACCAAACGAAAACCAGAACUUCUAUAUAUACCCAUCGUUGCGCUGUUUGACGAAACAGCGCCGCUGGGUUGUUUGACAAUGGUUUUAAAUACGGAUAACCAAGCGUGCCCCCUUUGAGUUAUAUUGUCACCCUAUUAUAGCUCAAGAGGAAUGAGUAGUUAUGGCAUCACCUCCUUGUUCUUGACAGACAGGUUGUCAAUAUCAGUUUGUUUAGUCGUUUCUGAGUGAGUAUUCUCAAAUGCGCUGCUCAUUGUCCUUAUAAGCAGAAGAUUUCACGCAAAGCAUGUAAUAGGAGAAUAAAAUUUUUCAGUGUAUUACCCAACAGUGCCCCUUGAGAAGCAUUUACCCUGUCUUUUUUGCAGUCUUUAUUGCCUUUUCUUCUCAAGGAGACUGAUAUUUUCUGAAACCUUCUUUGUCCAGCGAACGUGAAUGUAAGAGUUUUAGAGUUCCGCAAAGUGAAGGAAAUCAAAAAUUCCUCCCAGCAGUUGAAACUUCCUUACGGAUUCUUAUAAACAGUAAGUUAGCAAGUAGAACUUUUGGGUUAAACAAACAAUUAUCACCUAGAAAACAAAUAGCGUUUCAUUACCGACCGCUUACCCGAAUAGAAGGUAGAGGAAAUCAGAUUAUUAGAAAGGCACCAGAAAGGUCAACCUUAGACAGAAACAUAUUCUCUCCUCUAAACAAAAUCCAUAUAUCAGAACCAGCUCUGGUUAAGAAUAACGGUGGUUUUCAAAUGCGGAACUUCUCGAAAAUGUAUGCAUUGUCGUAAAUUACGUUUUCAUUCCACCUCAUUAACGAAAAAUCACGUCUGCUACUACCAGGACAAAUUUUAAUUGAAAAACCCCACUAGAGCAUCACUUUUACAUUAUUCGGAUUGGUGUAACAACAAAGACAAGUGAGACAGAAAUGGUCAUGUCUGGCUAAUUAGCCGUCAUCAGCUAGCCAUACGCAAUCCCGUGUCUGGAUGACUUGGUAUUCGAACUAGGGUUCUUUUAUCACCGUGCAUCUUUAAGUCCGAAAUUCUAAUACUGAGCCACUGACCCAGAUCGCAGAUCCAGUUUAUUCAGAAAAAACUGAAAAAUACAAUUCUGUAGAGCAUCUCAUAAGGGAAUAUUAAAUAAGCAGAUUUUAUGCGAGGUGUACUGGACCCAAACUGUGUAUAAAAGUUUUACCUUACAAUUUUCCCGAACCGCUUGUUUUCACGUUCGUUCUUAUCGCCUAAAUUUCUAGCAUGCUCUCUCGCUAUCAUUUGUUAUUCAGUGAUGCGCCUGAGUUUCGGACAUAAGAUUGUUCGGUAUUCGUAUAUUUUAUAAGCUUCGGUCUACGUCAACAGGAAAAGUAGGGAAUUAUUCUACGGUCAUAUAAUGCUACCCUUGCUAGUUUUCCCAACGCAAGGCAUGGGCCGACUUUGGUUCCCAGUAUAUUUUACAGACUAUUGCCGAACAACGCAGCUUUCAUAUGCAAAAAUUUGAAAACUGACUAUUUUUCCGGCUUACGAAGGGUUCCAAAAUUAAAAUACAACCAUACAGUCCAUCGCCCAGUGAGAACAUCUGAACCAUGUCGUUUAGCACUGAAAUAGGUUUAUUUGAUGCAGAAAGUAUUACUAACAACUUAUGGUAGUAAGCUUAGCGUAUAAAUAUAAAUUAUGCCGGCCGUUAGGUAAGAUUUAGAGCAUGACCCAGGUAAGACUUAAAAGCUGCACCCAACAAGGCGCACAGGCUUGUAACCCCGGGAACUGUCGAACCUUCGAGCUAUUUACUAAAAUUAUUGUCGGUUAAACUUACAUACGGCAGUAGAAACUAUUUAUUUAAGGUUCUGAAAAAAGCAGCCGGCCCUUCUUUGUUAAAAUAAACAAAAUCAUAAAUAUCAUGGAUGCUCUCAACUGAUACUUCGAUUCCGCCCUCUAAAAUUCGAUGAUAUUAAAGUUUGUGAAGGUAACCCAUGGACUUCUCAAUUGAACCAGCAAUUUGAGUAAAAAAUAUUUCACGUAUGCACAGCUGAAGCGAUGUCUAAAGUUGGCCCUUGAAAGCCAACCCUAUACAAAUGAUGUCAUUUGGGGCAAUUGUUACUUGUCUGAAGAUCAGUCGACAUUACUUACCGCUGUCAAUAUACAGUUGGUGAAAUGAUCCAACAAAUUAAGCUAUAUUCGUAUGCAUCUAUGAAUAUACAGACAUAAGUAUAUUCCGGUUUAUGACACACCUAACACUAGAAAUAAUUUUGCCUGUUACAUACCACCUUACCCAAACCGACCCCAUCGAGCCAAUCACCUUGGAUUACUUGCUUUCGACUAGUUUACGCGCCUUUAAUUCGCAACUUUCAAGUUGGGCGGUCAGUUCCGGCGCCGCGUCAGAGUAAUAAAACAAACGAAAGGCAAAAAUUUGAAUUUCCUUAACGCCUUCCGUAGAUUCAGUUAAUUGUCGCGUCCGUCUGUCCUACUGUUAAAACGAAUAUAAACACCUUUCUCGCACUUCGGGAGUCUUAGUGCUCUAUUUUCUCAGUGGGCUCGCAUAUCCAAUCCAUUCCACGUUAGCGCUACUGUAAAGUUGGAGGUAGAACACGGAAAUUGAUACUCUUCCCACAAUUUAACGCGAGACCGUCUGUAUUGCGGGGAAGCGUUCCUAUUUCCGUGUCCUGUUGUGAGGGGCAAUAUAAACGAUUUCUGUCAAAGUCUAUUUUGGGUUUUUUACUUUUUUAUUCCAUACUAAUCUAAAGACCUUAGGUGAAUUUCGUACUAUGCAGUCACACCUAGUAUUUCUAAAGGGACAUUUGGAUGAGAGACAGAAUUCUGCGGUGAGCAAUCUUAUGAGUCAUUCAGGUGUGCUGGUGUUUUCAGCCUGAAAUGAGCUGAAAGACCGAUAUACGAAGAUAUGUAACUGAAGCAGAACAAUUGGACUCUCCUUUUAAGGGAUGAUCGGCCGAUAACAUUAAGUAUCUUAAGGGUUGCUUUUAGCUAAGUCUUAAAUGAUUUAAUAACUCAGCGUUGUCUCCUUUAAGCUUGCUUAGGAGUUUACAAAAAGGCGUGCUGGGUCGUUGCUCUGGUUAGAGCACUCAACAGCAGUUGAGGACCUCGAAAUCGCUUUCCGUUUCAAAUGAUCUUGGUUCACUCUAUAUUUUGUUUUUGUUUGUUGGUCAGGAACAUAUAAGAUACGAAAUAUCCUGGCAGCAAUUUGAUAAACUCUAGCGUUACCUAAACUUUGUCGAGCUAUUUCUGUGAAAUCUCGAGGUCACGGUCCCGCACCAGUUAAUUUCCUCAAAUAAAUUUGCAAGCAGAAUUUCGAGGGACCCUGGUUCUUCUGUCUAGGAGCAUUCAAUGUAAGGCUUCUUUUUCUCAAGACUAUUUUGCUCACCAGAUCGAGUACUUCGGAAAUUAUGCGCUAAUAUUUACAAAAAUAUUGUUUUCAAAAAAAAACCGAUCCUUGCGCGCGUGGAAAAGGAUGUUGUUGAAUUACUGUCUUCGCCUCCCACCAUUCACCAACGACAAAUCGCAUUAGAAGUUUAUGCUUUUAGAACUUGCAAAGGUUUAUCUUUGGCAAAACACAGCAUUCUCCUAUAUUUUGCGUAUACAGAAAUGAAGGUAAUAUGAUAUUGGGACAUGGAUAACAGUACAUUGAACGACAUCAAAUCCCUUGCCAUAAGACCUUGACAGUGGAGACGCCUACAGGGCUCUUGUAUGUCAGGUGUUGUAAUAGCAGCACAUAUAUACACACAUAUUAAUGAUAACAUACUUCAGUGUUGUUGAGACGUGCAUUUAUUUGCGAUUAUUUGCGACCCACGGUCGAUAAGGAGGUCUUUACGGACUAAAUUUAAAUUUCAGUGAUGAUCAUGAAUUUAGUAAGUUUACGCAUCUGCCCCUGUUCACAACCCAACCUCCUUGUUAUCACAAAGCGAAAGUCUUUUGAUAAGGCCUCCCUUGGAUUGGGAAUUUUUCGCUUCUUGUAGAUUUUAACUGGCGAUCUUCUUCAUUAAAAUCAACACGGUGCUGUUAACCCACUUUAAUAGUCCUACUAAAAGUGCCUAUUGUGACGUUCCUUUCAGGCUUGCAGCUGAAGCUCUCUCAGUGACGAAUUCCGAGUUCUCAGAGUCCACUGGCGAGGCGAAAAUGACCUAUGCGAAAAAAGAAUCCCUGCUCCCUGAACGGUGGAACAGACCUCGAAAGCGCGCAAACACUUUCCCCACCGUAGAUGACUGUGGACCACAGAAGAGGCAGAAGAGCAACUUCUCCCUCCUGUACAGCAUUCUUGUCGGAGAGGAAGACGCUGACUCUAUUAGGCUCAGAAGUCGUCUCUUUCCCAAAAAUGCGUCCACAAAGGGGAUCUAUGGAGCCUCAGUUUCUGGCCCAAACACAGCGUCAAAUGUCACUACAACCGCUAAAACGCCGGUUGGAAAUCGGGCCAUGCCGCAACGAACCCGAGCUACCCCCAGAACUGACGUAAAACCCAGUGCCACUAGAGGUUUGUUGUUUCCACAUUUAAGGUCGACCAAACCCCUGGGACGCCUGAGUCCCUUCUGGCCAUUCCGUGACGGUUGUGAAAACACUCGCGGGCCUAUUACCAACGAAAACUUUCCGCUUGUGGAGGACCCCUUCUUCGCGUUCCAGUGGAUUCUCACCGUAUUGUGGGGAAAACUGCUUGCCAACUGCGCCUUGCCAGCUAUGUCCACCGAAUAUUCUAGCUCAUGGGAGUCAGGUCUUGCCGGCGCAGCCAACGAUGAGCCGCUCGAUCUCUCGUGUCCAGUAAUGAGGCAAAAUGAGAAGCGCAGAACCGACCCAACCCCCGACUCUAGAGUCGAUUAUGAUAAUUUUUCUGAAACGAUCAUUAGAAACGGUGAGGUGUGCUGUUUUCGGAGCGGCAGAGCUCCCAAUCACUCGCAUGGAGUGGAGCUGUCUGUGAACGGCACAACUGGUCCAUCGAUUCUCAUGAAACGAUGCAGCAGUUUUGACAGUGGGGAUGACAGUCGAACGAGCCUCAGGCAGUUGGAAGAAGUGCUCCAUUCUCUUUCGGACAUUAUGCCUGCACUACCGACGUCAAGGGUCUUAUCGGCAGGUGGGGGUCAGCUAUCUACCAAAGGUGCAGUAUGUCGGGACCCGAAUCGACUACGGUCCGAUGCGACUGAGCCCGAUCUGGGCAGCCAUCUCACCACUCCCAGUAUAUCAUCGAAGAUGUUGACCGAAUCAUUUGCCCUGCCAUUCGUUUCACCCACUUUCUUUAACGGUGCACUCAAAUCUCCUCGACCGACCUUUAAUCUCACUGAUCCAGCAGGACUCCACCAUAAUUCAGGCACCGUUUACAGGGGGCAGAACAACCUCUCACAGGACGUCGGAGGAGUUUGGUCGCCGAGUACUGGUUUUGAAAAAGACUCAUGUCUGUCUGCCAUGUUCUCCCAUUUGAUGAUGGUGAAACGAUAA